AUGAACGAAAUUGUGGAUCGCAUCAGAGAAGGGUCGUUCAAGGAAAGAAGUUACGAAAAGUUUACAUAUGAUCUCUAUGUUGCGAAAGCUGAAGAUGUUCAGAGCUUACUACAAAAGAAGGCAGGCACGGUAUGGAAAAGGAUCGAAGGGAAAUUGAAAGAGUUGGUCGAAAAAUUGACAAAUAUGAGGUUGAAUGGAGAAGAUCAAGCUAAAUGGAUACCGGAAGAAGCGGAAUUACAUUCUACCCUCAGUCAUGUUAAGUGGUCAAUGGAAAGCUUCAGGAGACUUAAGGAGAGAGUUUAUGAGGCAGUAGGGCUGAUUAUGACCGGUAACAAUGGUUCAACAACUCCAUCUUCUCACGCAUCUGUAAACCCUUCAAACACUAAUACAAUGUCAUCUGAUUCGAGUAAAAGAUCGAAUAGAGAUAUGGCAUGGGAAUGGGGAGAUCAGAGAGAUCCCAAUAACAAAAGUAUUGUUUGGUGCCAGUUAUGUAAUAAGAAGAUGGGUGGAGGAGGAAUUACACGACUAAAGCAACACCUAACUCAUACUGGAGGACAAGUUUCGGGCUGUGAAAAAGUGACUACGGAAAUUACGAAAAAGGUAUUGGCUUCGAUGAGAGAAAAAGACCAGGCACAGUUAGAAAAAAAAAAAAGAAACAGAGAGAUACUUAGAUCAUGUGCAAAUGAUUAUUCUGAAGUAAAAGAGGGUAAGGAAGCUGAAGUUGAUAAUGAUGAUGUUCAAGAAGUUGUAUCUAAAGAAAGUGUUUCAAAUAAAAAUAAAUUUGUAAGUCCUAGCAACACGAGAGGUCCCAUGGAUGUUCUGUUAAAUACAGAUUUUGAAAAAACAAAAAAAAGUUCCUUGGAUAGAAAUAAUCCAAUAAAAGAGAAGUUAAAGAUGAGAGCUUGGGAUAAAUUUGCAACUUGGGCUUAUUCUGUUGGUUUACCUUUCAAUGUCGUGCGUGAUGAAGGUUUCCAAGAUUUCAUCAAUGCUGUCGGGGAUUAUGGAAGAGGUAUGCCAGCUCCAUCGUAUCAUAAUAUCCGAGUCACAUUGUUGAAAAGUCGUUUAGAAGAAACAAAAAGGUUUGUGGAUUCAUUUAGGCCACAUUGGAAAGAAUAUAAGUGUAGCAUUAUGUCUGAUUUCUGGACAGACGGGAAAGGAAGGUGUUUGAUAAACUUCUUAGUCAAUUGUCUUCAUGGAACAAUUUUUUUGAAAUCAAUUGAUGCGUCAGAACAUGUGAAGAAUUCUAACUUGAUUGUCCAUAUGAUUAAUGAUGUGAUAGAAGAUGUUGGAGAGAGGAAUAUUGUGCAGGAUCCUAGAUUCUAUAAUCAAGAUACAGGAUAUUCAGGAAAUGGCUAA